GCGUAUUUCUCCAGCCCUCGGCGACCCCUAAAACGCGCGUCAUACGACUUGACGAGACAUUCUCGCGUUUUGCAAAACCGCUUCCACAGAAAGCCAUGAAGCCAUCCGCCGCCGCCGUCCUCGCCGCCAUCUUGGCCCCCAUGGUGGCUGCCCAGUCACGCAGCGACAUACCCAAGUGCGCCCUACCGUGCAUUGACGCGUCCAUCAAGAAGAACACCAAGUGCGCCACGGAUGACUUUGCUUGCAUCUGCCGGAGUGUCGACGCCAUCCGGCGCGACUCUGACAAUGUAGGAUGCGUCCUCAGGGAAUGCGGCCAGAGUGUCGCGCUGAACGAGGUCAUUCCCGCUACGCAGAGGCUUUGCUCGCAAAGCGGAAGCGGCGGCGGAACGAGCAGCCCUUCUGGUACGCGGGGGACCGCUUCGCCUUCCGCGACUGCCACGGCGGGAGCUGCCAGCCUUGGAUUUCAUGUUGUCAGCGGGCCCAUCGUGGUGGCUCUCGGGGCACUCGUACUCUGAGCUAUUAGGUCGCAGAGGGAUGGCGCCACUUGUACAUGUAGGCAAGCAGAAUAGCAGCA